AUGAGUGGACUCCAAUGGAUCGGCCAUGGUGAGCACAUAAGCUGGGAAUUGACCGUUUUACCCUCACCUGAUCUUCGUGGCAUGCUCGCCACCGUGGCCGCCACGAUUCUCCUCUCCAUCAUCACGCCAAAUGUCGAAUCGACCGUUGAGACGCAAGCUUUGCUUCGCUUCAAAAACCGCCUCGACGACCCUCACGGCGUUCUACGAUCAUGGAAACCCACCGAAUCGCCCUGCGUGUUUCGCGGCGUCACGUGCGACCCGUUUUCCGGCGAAGUCACCGGUAUCUCUCUGGGGAACGCGAAUCUCUCGGGUUCCAUUUCUCCGGCGAUCUCUUCCCUCACAAAGCUCUCUACACUGUCGCUUCCCUUUAAUCUAAUCACCGGGCGAAUCCCGACGGAGAUAGUCAGCUGCACAAACCUUAAAGUCCUCAAUCUCACCUCCAAUCGACUCUCCGGGAAGGUUCCGGACUUUUCCCCUCUGAAAAACCUAGAAAUCCUCGACGUCUCCGUGAAUUUCCUCAACGGCGAGUUUCAGAGCUGGGUUGGGAAUCUGACUCGGCUGGUUUCACUCGGGCUCGGCAGCAAUUACUACGAAGAAGGCGAGAUUCCCAAUACUAUUGGCGGUUUGAAGAAACUGACUUGGCUCUACUUAGCUCGAUCCAACUUGAGCGGAAAGAUUCCAGACUCCAUCUUCGAUUUGAUUUCUCUCGAAACUUUCGACAUCGCGAUGAACGCGAUCUCAGGUGAUUUCCCACUGUCGAUCACGAGACUGGUGAAUCUCACCAAGAUUGAGUUGUACAGCAACAGAUUUACCGGUGAAAUCCCACCGGAGAUCAGAAACCUGACUCGUUUACGAGAGCUUGAUGUUUCGUUGAAUCAGCUGAGUGGUGCGUUGCCUCGAGAAAUCGGGAACCUGAAGGAGCUUAGGGUUUUUCACUGCCAUCAAAACAAUUUCACCGGCGAAUUCCCUUCAGGUUUCGGAGAACUACGCUUUCUCACCUCGUUGUCCAUUUACAGGAACAACUUCUCCGGUGAAUUUCCGGCGAAUAUCGGCCGGUUCUCGCCGCUGGUGACGGUCGAUAUAUCUGAGAACGUGUUUACAGGUCCAUUUCCUGGCUUCUUAUGCAAAAACAACAAACUGCAAUUCUUGCUCGCCCUGCAGAAUGAAUUUUCCGGCGAGAUUCCAGGUUCCUACGCCGACUGCAAAUCCCUCUUGAGGCUCAGGAUCAACCAAAAUCGUUUUACUGGUCAUGUUGCUGAAGGGUUCUGGGCUCUGCCUCUUGCCAAGAUGAUCGAUCUCAGCGAUAACGGUCUCACCGGAGAGAUUUCUUCUCGGAUCGGACUCUCAACGGAACUGAGCCAGCUAAUUUUGCUGAACAACAGAUUCUCCGGCAAGAUUCCUCGUGAACUCGGAAAACUGACUAACAUAGAGAGGAUUAAUCUGAGCAACAACACUCUUUCAGGCGAAAUUCCGACGGAGCUCGGAGAUUUGAAACAGCUAUCUUCUCUGCAUCUAGAAAACAAUUCAUUCACAGGAUAUAUCCCACUCGGAUUGAUAAACUGCGUCAGGCUUGUCGAUCUGAAUCUUGCCAAGAACUCUCUGACCGGAGAAAUCCCCAACGGUUUAUCUCAGAUCACUUCUUUAAACUCGCUAGACCUCUCAGGCAACGGGCUAACGGGGAAAAUCCCGGCGAACCUUGUAAAGUUGAAGCUGAGUUUCAUAGACUUGUCUAGGAAUCAGCUCUCGGGAAGAAUACCACCGGAUCUCUUAGCGGUGGGAGGAUCCACCGCGUUCUCACGCAACGAGAAGCUCUGCGUCGACAGCCAAAACGCCAAAGCGGGCGAGAAACCGUCUCUGAGCGUGUGCAGUGGCGACCAACACGUGCAGAAGAGCCGCUCACUCGACGGAACGCUCUUGUUCUUGGCUCUUGCGAUUGCAAUGGUAGUGCUCGUGGCUGGUCUGUUGGCGUUGCGUUACAGAGUCCUGAAGAUACGUGAGCUCGACUCCGAAAACGGAGGUAUCAACAAGGCUGAUGCGAAAUGGAAAAUCGCGUCUUUCCAUCAAAUGGAGCUUGACGCUGAGGAGAUCUCCAGAUUGGAUGAAGGUCGUGUGAUCGGAGCUGGAAGCGCGGGGAAAGUAUACCGUGUUGAUCUGAAAAAGGGCGGUGGGACAGUGGCGGUUAAGUGGUUGAGGAGAGGAGAAGAAGAAGUCGACGGGACAGAGGUCUCUCUUGCGGAAAUGGAGAUUCUUGGAAAGAUAAGACACAGAAACGUGUUGAAGCUCUUCGCUUGUCUAGUAGGAAGAGGUUCUAGGUAUUUGGUGUUUGAGUUCAUGGAGAAUGGGAACUUGUAUGAGGCUCUUCGCCGGAAUGUUAAAGGCGAGCUGGCUUACUCCUUCAAGGCGACGGAGAAGAGUGACGUGUACAGCUUCGGUGUGGUUCUUCUGGAGCUAGUGACCGGUCUUCGUCCCGUGGAAGACAAGUUUGGAGAAGGCAAAGACAUCGUUGACCAUGUCUUCUCUCAAAUCCAACAAGAUCGAAGGAACCUUAGAAACGUCUUGGACAAGCAAGUUUUGUCGUCUUACGUAGAAGAAAGCAUGAUAAAGGUUCUGAAAAUGGGUCUUCUCUGCAUUACGAAGCUCCCGAAUCUCAGACCAAGCAUGAGAGAGGUCGUGAGAAAGCUUGACGACGCUGAUCCAUGCGUCUCCGAUUCUCUAGACAGAACCGGAAAGAUUUCAGUAUAG